UGGAACGCCUGAAGGAAGGAUGGUGGGGCUGUGUGUGUCUGUCUGAUGAACCCCUAUUAUGCCGCUCAUGUAGUGCCCCCAGCCCGCCUGUAGCCCAGCAUACGGUAGAUUUGGCGUCCGAGUAGCUAAAUUCCCGCCCGAGGACCAGCCAUGACGGAGUACAAGUUGGUGGUGGUCGGAGCCGGUGGUGUUGGUAAGAGUGCCCUUACCAUCCAGCUCAUCCAGAACCACUUUGUGGACGAAUAUGAUCCAACAAUAGAGGACUCAUACCGCAAACAGGUGGUUAUAGACGGGGAAACCUGCCUGCUGGACAUCCUGGACACAGCCGGUCAGGAGGAGUACAGUGCAAUGAGGGACCAGUACAUGAGGACAGGGGAAGGCUUCCUCCUUGUAUUUGCUGUCAAUAAUGCCAAGUCCUUUGAGGAUAUUAGCACUUACCGUGAGCAGAUCAAGAGAGUGAAAGAUGCGGAUGUAGUGCCCAUGGUCUUGGUGGGCAACAAGUGUGACCUGCAGGUGCGAGCCAUGGACAUGCAGCAGGCACGGGAGGUGGCCAAGAAUUAUGACAUUCCCUUUAUAGAGACCUCAGCCAAGACCCGCAUGGGUGUCGAUGAUGCCUUCUACACCUUAGUUAGAGAGAUCAGGAAAGAUAGGGCAUGUCGCAGCAGGGGUAAGCAAGAUCACCGGAGGAACAAGAGGAAGUGCAUUGUGUUCUAGGAGCAGUGUGUUGUGUAAACUUGUGAGCCUAACGGUAUUAACCCCAGGUUUGUGUGGCUGCCACGCAGGAACACUCAACACCUAUACAGGACUUGCAAAAACCAUAUUCCGCCACUCUGGUAACAGUGUAGAGAAGCCAUGGAAUAUUCGGGUGUGCUGCCAGGAUGGUGCCUGCUGGGAACCCACCUGUACCCAGGGACACCAGUUUAUGUGUGACCCAGUGAUCCUGUUGGUCCCUUCUUUUUCCUUUUUAUUUUGUUUCCUUUCUUCCUUAUUUUUAGUUUUUAUAUUGUAAUUCAUGUAAGCUUCUGGAGGUAAAACUUCAGAACACUGAAAACUUUGUGGUGGUAUGAAGCUGAUAGAAAGAAUAUUGUUGUCAAGUAGAAUGCACUAAGGUCCCAAGGUGGAGCUCUGACCUGAUGGUGCCAGGAUGAGGGGGUCAUGGUCCUCUUGUCUGGCCUGACUUAAGUCACUUGAAUACAUGCACACAAACACACACAAAAAGACUAAACACAAAUAUACAUGCACAAACAUACAGGCAAACACAUAUGCACAAAUAAAUUCAAGCACAACUACACACGCAUACGCACCCUGGCAGAAUUGACAAGACUGGUGGGGAGCCGCCCUAGUUACCUUCCCAAAAUAUUAAAUUGCUCUUCUCGGGGCCCAAUGGGGGAACUCACUGGCUGAGCAGAAUGGUAGCAGAGGCAGCUGGCUUCUUUAGCUUUUGUAUGAUGGAAUAUUUAAGACUUCAGUUAUCUUUUAUACGUCUGUUGUUGGUGCAUGAAGUUGAGAAUGUUGAUCAAACCGCACUGGACUGGACGUGUGACCCACCCUAUUGACUGUGUGGAAGAUUGUGGCGGGGACUCUGUGGAAAGGCCAGGAUCAAGGAAGAUGCAAUAUUUGUAGUAAGAAAACUCUAGGACCCUUAAAACUAGUUGAUAUUUCCUUAACUUGCCAGGAAAUUAUUGGCUAAUGUCCAUUUUUGAGGGAUGAUGAAUUAUUAGGUAUUUUUGUGUCCCACUGCACAAAGGAGAUGUACAGAGAAUUAGUGAGACGUGUGUGUCAGGAGAACACGAUUUGUACUCUGUAUGGAUGGUCUGGAAUGUUUAGCUUGGAUGGAUUAGACUGUUUAUAGCUUGUUUGGUCAAGAUAGAUUUAACACAGUGGUCAGGUGUUCACAUUGUGUUCAGUGAAGUGUGGAGCAUGGGUGGCGGGGCGGGCAGAGGCAUGGUGGUAGCAGUGGUGAUCACGGCGUUCGGCCUGGUGAGGGUGGAUGGCGUGAAUAGUUCAUCAGGAACACACACCUGCACUGAAGGUGGACGGAUGAACUGGAGCCACAGGUGGGGGACGGCUCUGAAUCGUUAUCAGCAUUACUUUUCUAAUUAAUGCUCUUGAGCCCAUUGUGAUAAGAUGCUCUUCAUACAAGCAGUUAUUGUCACAGUGCAGUACAUGACGAAAAGGCUGGUCUUGAGGUUACCAUACAGUGGCACUAUGUGUUCUGUUUAUUACAUGACAUUGGAAUUAAUGAAUCUUUUUUUUUCUUCUUUUUUUUUAUGUCUUUUUUAAGUAUCCUUGGGCCUCCAAAAAUUGUUUUGAAUGCUUUAUGGUGGUUAGUAGAUGUCUUAUAAGUGUCAGCAUAGACUUGCAGGGGUGUGUUCUGGUGAGAGUGAGAGGUUUUUUUUUCUCCAGAGGAUGAUUGAAUUAAGUCUGCCAUUUAGCCAAUUUUUAUGAGGUUGUUUUAUAGUGUUGGAACUUCCCUGCACCUCUGGCUCUGGUUUGAAAUGUUUGGCAGUGGAGUUGAGGAUGACCAACAUGGAUAUCAUGAACUCUUGUUUCAGAUGUUCUGGCAUCACCAUUACAGAUGGGUUGAGCUGCCCGGCAUAGAUGAGCUAAGGACUGUGUGGAGCUUCAAGUAAACACCCCAGAUAACUUUGGUUAAGAACUUGAACUUUUCUGUGACAUAUUUUCAAGUUUUGAGUUAGUUUGCAUUUUGGAGGUCAUAGGAAAUUGUAAUUUAUUGAUAAGAAGCAAGAUUUCAUCACAUAUGCUAACAUUCAUACUCUUUCAGUUUUCCUGAUUAUGUGUAAGCAGCAGCAGCAGCAGCAUCAGUAAAGGCUGUCUCUCAUUCCCUGAUUAACAAACCUUAUUCAUCAGCAUUGCAAGACUAAAGACAUUAUAUAACAUCAGGAAAACUGAAGGAAUACUGUAUUAACAUAUACAGACAAAUGUUUUUUUUCCAUUCAAAAGUAACCAUUGCCCUUGCAUAAGAAAGGUAAUGAGGGUGUUUAUGGUCAGGACUGCCGGUGUGGCACUUGUCUCUCAGGGCCACGCCAGCACUAGAGAGCUGAGGCUACUUGGGCAGACAUGCAUAUGAUCCUCAAGAAAUUAAUUCUCAAAAUUAAUGUUAUAAAUUAAUGCUUAGUGUUUUAAAGAAGUAAUUUUUAGGUAAUGAUGCUGUAGGCCAAGUGUCGGAGAGAAAGCAUGAAAUGCAGGGAGGCCAGUGUUGGUCCCUGGCAGUGAGGGGAUAGUGAUGCAGCUGUUGACUGUGGACUAUUAGUAUUGUACAGAGGCUCCUGCAGUGAGCCAGCAGGCCUGCCCUCAUCCCUACUGCGUCUGGCCUCCACGUCCAAGAGCAUCAAUGUCCGUGUUACAUUGUUCAUUUUAUCAUGUUCCCCAAUGUUAACAAAGCUUAGAUGAAACAUGAAGACUAUUCCCUUGUUACUUGAUGUGUGUCUCGGUAACACUGGCUGGCUGUACUUGUUGACGAGUGACCCAAGCAAGUCUCGUGCAGGUUGUUUUUAUGUGUUCACAAUUUUUGGUUGCAUUCCCCCUCACGUGUCAGAUUAUUUUGAUGUGGUGCUGAGGUAGCCUGCAGCUGGAGAACAGCAACAUUUAUACCAUGAGGGAAUCCCCACCUCCCUUGCCCUGGUGCCGUGUGCCCAGCAGCAAGAGGGUGCUGCCAGCACCCUCCUGAGGCCGUGCUGCAGCCUGGAGCUCAGGUGACUCACUUCCAGCACCAUGAUCUACAUCUGUUGUUUGUCGGUACAUUUCUGAUUUGUCAGAUAACUUUUGAGCAUUUUUGAAUGUUAUACUCAUGUAUGUGUGUACAAAUAUUAGGCAACUUGGAGGUAAGCAAGAUCACAGGACGUUGCAAGAGUAAAUGUUUUGCUCGUGUGCCGAGAUGUGGUUGGUGUGUGGAGGGCCAGAGGGCACCAGUGUUCCCUGGCCAGCACUCUCGGCAGGCAGUUCUGUGUCAUUGUAUUUGUGAUAUUUUUUUAUCAUUUUUUAUUCUAUAACAAAAACUGAUAAUUGUAUGCAAGUGUUUAUAAUGCAUGUCAAUCUCAUUCUGUUCAGUAUUUUAAAUUGUCAGUUUUGAUGACCUUUAUAUAAUUUGUAAAUAUAAGCACGUGCAGGGCAACUCCAAAAUAGAUCAAGAUAAAUUAAAAUUAUGUAAUUAUUUAAUUAUAGAUAUAUGUUCAUAUUUGAUUUUGAAAGGGUCACAAGUUUGCUUUGUCACCAUUAGAAGUAUGGUUCUUCCAAGUCUAAUAUAAGCUAGACAUUACUCCAGUAUCUUUCCUGACCCAUUGCUGAGAAGGUGUAUGAUGUGGGAGGGUGUGUCCUGCAUCAGGCCUGGACAUUGGAGGCAUCUGAGGGAGGAGUCCCAAGAAAGACAAACCAAUUAUGUCCCAUAGAAUCUAGAGUGCUGCCGGAGCAAAGACUUCAAGAUGAGCAGUUUACUUAAACCUUUACCAAACAUAUGUAUAGAUCUAAAGCUAUUUCAACAAGUGAGCAACAGGUUUUAAUUAUUUUAAACUUAUUUUUUUAAAGGAUGCAUAAGUAACCAUCACAAUGUAACUAAUGUUUUUUGUGCCAUAACUGUUAUGAAAUCCACAAUUUUUCAAUUCUUUCAUUCAGUUUAAUCACGAGUGUGAAUAUUUCUAGCACCUCUCACUGCACCAGAGUGAGGCAUACAGCUGACCCACCUCUCUUCAGCUCUCAAGGAAAGUCUGUAAAACGGUCAUGGCAAAAAUGUGUAACACAAAAAUUGCAAA